AUGAUGGCGGAGGGUCAGGAUCAAAUUCACGAUGAUGCUGCAAUGAACAGUGACAUAAUCCAGGAUGAGGUCUCUACUCUGUUGCGAGUGAAGUUUGCACAGGAGGCAUGGAACCCACGCAAGGUGGACGGCUGGGUGGAUGACGUCGUUGAUGGUGUCCUAAAAAAUCUUGCGGAUCUGAAGAAACCAUUUAAGUACAUCGUUAACUGUGUAGUGAUGCAGCGAACCGGCGCUGGUAUCUCCACGGGGUUUAUUAGUCUUUGGGACAACACUCUCGACGGGGUUGUUCAUGUGCCAUACGAAAAUGAAACGUUACACUGCUUUGUCACUGUCUUCUUUUUGAAACUGGACUAA